AUGAUGCAUAAAAAAUUACAUUCUGAAUGUUAUAAAUAGCCAACACGUACAAGGCUGAGGUAUCAACUGCAUUUGGAAAGCCUAGUGCUUAAUUGGAUCUUCCAACUCUCUGAAGAGCUUCUUCAAAACUAAGAGCUAUGUUGAAACUUGCAACUGCAACAAUGAGGAUGUUAUUCCUUAUUUUGUUUCUGGGGUGGCUCUUUGCUUGGGUUAUGCUGCCAACAAAGCUUUACAAGAACACAUGGACUCCCAGGCUGAAAGCCAAGCUCAACUCUACUUACUUCAGAGAGCAAGGUACAAAUCUUCUGCUAUUCACAUUCCCCAUAAUGUUUAUAGCUGCUUUUGGAGGAAUUUAUAUUCAUUGGCAGAAGAUAUCUAAGAAGUCUGGUUCUGAAAGGAGCGCGAAGAAAAGCAGCCGUCUGUCCUUCUUGAAACGUCCAGUCCUCGUGAUGGCUCCUCUGGGAAUAGUCAGCAUGAUGGAGCUCAUAUUUGCACUCAUGUUUCUUGUGCUUAUGGUCUGGUCUCUUGCCAAUUAUUUGUAUGUCAGCUUUGGUAGCCUUCAUAUGCAUAAAGCUGGGGAGAAAGUUUGGGAAGCCAAGUUUCGUAGUGUGUCCUUGAGACUUGGAUACAUCGGUAACACAUGCUGGGCAUUUUUGUUCUUUCCUGUCACUCGGGGUUCUACUCUUUUGCCUCUAGUCGGCCUCACAUCAGAGUCUAGUAUCAAAUAUCAUAUCUGGCUUGGUCAUCUCUCCAAUACCUUGUUCUUCGCACACAGCGUGGGCUUCUUCAUCUACUGGGCCAUGACUAACCAAAUGGUUGAGGCACUGGAGUGGAGCAGCACAUACUUAUCCAAUGUUGCGGGAGUGAUUGCAUUCGCGGUGUCACUAGUCAUGUGGAUAUUAAGCUUUCCGCAAUUCAGGAGAAAGAUGUAUGAGCUAUUCUAUUAUUCACAUCAUCUCUACAUUAUCUACCUCAUCUUCUACAUGCUGCAUGUUGGAGUUGCCUAUCUCUGCUUGAUUCUUCCUGGAAUUUUCCUGUUCCUCAUUGAUCGAUAUCUAAGAUACUUACAGUCGCGAGAUAAUGCUAUGUUGAUAUCAGCACGCCUAUUAACUUGCGACACCAUUGAACUCAACUUCUGCAAAAGCCCAGAAUUGGAUUAUAAACCCACUAGCAUAAUGUCUGUGAAUGUGCCUAGCAUUUCAAAGCUGCAGUGGCACCCGUUUACCAUCACUUCCAACUCGAACCUGGAGCCUAAUACUCUCAGUAUUGUUAUUAAAACCGAAGGAAGCUGGUCCCGAAAGCUUUACCGAGAGCUUUCUUCUACACCAGAGCAACUAGAGAUAUCUGUGGAAGGACCUUAUGGUCCUACUUCAUCUCAUUUUCUUAGGCGUGAGGCUUUGGUGAUGAUCAGUGGAGGUAGUGGGAUCACUCCUUUCAUUUCCAUCAUCCGGGAAGUCAUAUAUCAAAGCACACAGCAGAGCAAAAUCCCAAAGCUUAUCCUCGUUUGUGCUUUCAAGAAUUCAUCUCAUCUCAGCAUGCUAAACCUUCUACUACCAUUAUCUGCCACUCCAUUAGAUACUACAAAGAUCCAACUCCAUAUAGAAGCCUACAUCACUCAGGAGAAUGAUAAUAGCGGAGAAGAAUCCCAAAAACAUCUCCAAACCAUACGUUUUAAGCCUAAUCCCAUCACGGCUCCUGUCACUGCAGUGCUUGGCCCGAACAGCUGGAUCUGGCUUGGCGCCAUCAUCACGUCUUCUUUCAUCAUGUUCCUUCUUCUCCUGGCCUUUGUUACUAGAUACUACAUUUACCCAUUUGAUCAUUACUCUGAUCCAAUUGUUUACCAUUACAGUUACAGAAUUCUGUGGGACAUGUUUUUGGUAUGUGUCUGUGUUAUAGUAUGCAGCAGUGCUAUUUUCGCGUGGCAAAAGAGACGAAAUGCCAAGGAAGGGAAGCAAAUCCAGCACUUGGAGAUGUCCAAUCCAACAUCCCCUGGAGGACUGAUAACAAAUGAUGAAGGUAUGGAGCUUGAAAGCCUUCCACAUCAGUCCAUCGUCGAAGCUACUCAAGUGCAUUAUGGUUCAAGGCCUGAUCUCAAGAGUAUAUUGUUUGGACGUAAAGAAUCAGAUGUCGGAGUCUUAGUUUGCGGGCCAAGGAAGAUGAGGCAUGAGGUUGCGAGGAUCUGUUCAUCUGGUUUGGCGAAAAAUCUGCAGUUUGAGGCAAUCAGUUUCAACUGGUGAUGAUGAAUACUUCUCACAAUACAUUUGCUGUAUCAGUUGUUCGUUGUGCAUAAACAGCUACACUUAUUCGCGUCCUGUAGACUUGUAGUCCAUACGUAAAUUUGUCAAAAUAACACUGUCUGUUAAUAGCUUCAUGAUUGAA